AUCUAAAAAGUUUCCUAGACUUACAAUACAGCCAACUUUAAUAUUUAUUCGGAAUAAAUUCAUGCAACUUAGAUUUGAUAACUCAAUUUAACAUUGAAAUGUUUUUUAAUUACAUUAAAUUAUGUAAUUAAUUAGAAAAUUAUUGUAGUCUAUGUUUAUAAUAAAUUGUAGAUUAUCUUAACUUGCUUUUUCAAUUCGCUCUAUUAAACGAACGUAAUGAGGCCAGCGAUUAUAUGUCGUGCAAGUCUGGGAUCGAGUCGGGGGCUAACUUCGACUGCUCCAUCGCCGCGCGCCUGGUCUGUCGGCCUAGAGCAUAGCAAUUACGGUACGUGCUUAAGCCAAAGAAAUAUAUAAUUCACGCACGGCAGCUACGAAAUUAAAAUGAUCUUGAAACUUCUGUGAUUUUACGAGUGAAAUAAGGAAAACUGUAUUUGCAAGAAACACGGAAUAUAUAUCCGAGAAAUAAUCGAUUGGACUUAUAUAUUUUGGAAUAACAUCUUGGUCGAUUUCGCGUGCGGAUCGGUGAAGUUUUUAAGUGAAAAUUCGGGAUGACAAUGAUGACAAACGCGAAGUUUUGAUGUAGGCCUAGGAUCAGCAACUCUGUGAUCGUUGACAACCUGCCGAAAAUCGGCUUGAAAUGGCUCUGUUUGAGCCUGGAGGGUUUAUGAAGUGGAUGCAGUCGCAUUGGUAUUUGCUCGUGGUUAUUAUUUCCUGCCUCUCAAUAUCAGGGGCAAAUGCAGAAUGCAACUGCACAUCUGACUGCAUCGUGAACUGUUCAAGUGGUCAAUAUUCCAACUCAUCAGGGGAUUGUUUAGAGUGUCCGCCUGGAUUUUAUUGCGAUGGAGGUACCUUAGCUCCGGCACCCUGUGACGCACAAACAUAUAACCCAGACCCCGGUGGAUCAACCGCAGGUGAUUGCACGCCAUGUCCAAGCGGUGGCUAUUUCAGUCUUGCAGGGGCAGAUACUUGUACGUUAUGUCCAGCCGGCAGUGAAUGUAAUUCUGCGACCGGCGUCAUUACGCAAUGUUCUGAUGGUCAGUACUCGCUGGACGGGGACAUGACUUGUUUAGAGUGUCCAGAUGGCCUUUACUGCCCGUCUGUGUAUAACGAACCAAUGGUUUGUCCCAGUGGAUAUGUUCCCUUCUCAAACCAGACUGGAUGUGAAGAAUGUGGUGCAGGCACCUAUGCUUAUAAUGGAACAGUCUCAUGUCAGCAAUGCCCACCAGGCUACCAAUGUCCAACUAGUGGCCUUGACGAACCUACUCCAUGCCCUACAGGUUACUUUUCAAGUGCCUCUGGUUCCGAGACCUGCAGCCAAUGCGCACAAGGGUAUUACUGUAAUUCCACAGCGCAGACAAUAUGCGAUGUUGGUUAUCACAGCAAUGCAGGGGCCACAUCCUGUACGGAGUGUCCAAAUGGAUAUUCCUGCAGCGGCCCUGAAGGUCCUGUAAUAUGUCUUGCUGGAACAUAUGCUGGAAGUGGAAGCGAUAGCUGCACAGCCUGUGAAGCGGGGUUCUACUGUCCUUUGAAUGGAACUACUGAGCAUAUUCAGUGUGCUGAUGGAUAUUACACCACCGGAUUGAACUCUGAGGAAUGUACAAAAUGCACCGCAGGAUACUAUUGCACGCCUUCUUCAAUAGCCCCUUGUGCUGCUGGGUAUUACAGCAAUGGAGGAGCCACAUCCUGUCUGCAAUGUCCAGGAGGGUACUCCUGCAGCGGAACUGGUGAACCUAUCCAAUGUCUUGAAGGAACUCAUAGUUUCAACGGAAGCGAGAGCUGCACCUCAUGUGAUGCAGGGUUCUACUGUCCUUUGAAUGGAACAAUUGCACAGAUUCAGUGCCCAGAUGGCUACUAUAACCCUGGAAGCAGUCCAGAAUCUUGCUUGCCAUGUUCUGCAGGUUACUAUUGUACUCCAUCUAGCGAACUUGCUUGUGAUGAAGGAUAUUACAGUGAUUCAUUAGCCACAUCUUGCAGUUCUUGUCCUGGUGGUUUUGAAUGCCCUGGCGGGGGUGCAGCUGCAAGUCAAUGUCAGGAAGGGUAUUAUGCUCGCAAUGGUAGUUCAGCUUGCAGUCCUUGUGAUGUCGGACAUUAUUGCCUUGUCAAUGGUACAAUUGAGCCUGUCAUCUGUGUGGAUGGCUACUUCUCAAACACCACAGGAGCCUCAGAAUGCACUCAAUGUGAGGCAGGAUACUUCUGCAAUGCCAUUUCCCAGAUGCCAUGUGAAGCUGGAUCUUCCAGUUCUGCCGGUGAAACAUCCUGCUCGACUUGUUCUGGUGGUUUUGAAUGUCCCGGAGGGGGCACAACUGCAAACCAGUGUGGGGAAGGGUAUUAUGCUCAUAAUGGAAGUUCAUCUUGCAGCCCGUGUGAUGUUGGACACUACUGUCCCUUGAGUGGUACAAUUGAACCUAUCAUUUGUCCUGAGGAUUCCUAUUCAAGUUCUUCAGGGGCUUCACAAUGUGCUAUGUGUACUGCAGGAUACUACUGCUCCCCUUCUUCGAUAUCACCUUGUGCUGCUGGAUAUUACAGCAAUGCAGGAGCUACAUCCUGUCUUCAAUGUCCUGGAGGGUACUCUUGCAAUGGAACCGGAGAACCAAUCCAAUGCCUUGUCGGAAGCUACAGUUUUAACGGAAGCGAGAGUUGCAGCUCAUGUGAUGCAGGGUUCUACUGUCCUUUGAAUGGAACAGUUGCACAGAUUCAGUGCCCAGAUGGCUACUAUAACCCUGGAAGCAGUCCAGAAUCUUGCUUGCCAUGUUCUGCAGGUUACUAUUGUACUCCAUCUAGCGAACUUGCUUGUGAUGAAGGAUAUUACAGUGAUUCAUUAGCCACAUCUUGCAGUUCUUGUCCUGGUGGUUUUGAAUGCCCUGGCGGGGGUGCAGCUGCAAGUCAAUGUCAGGAAGGGUAUUAUGCUCGCAAUGGUAGUUCAGCUUGCAGUCCUUGUGAUGUCGGACAUUACUGCCUUGUCAAUGGAACCAUUGAGCCUGUCGUCUGUGCUGAUGGCUACUUCUCCAACACCACAGGAGCCUCAGAAUGCACCAAAUGUGAAGCAGGAUACUUCUGCAAUGCCGUUACCCAGAUGCCUUGUGAAGCUGGUUCUUACAGUUCUGCCGGUGAAACAUCCUGCUCAACUUGUCCCGGUGGUUACGAGUGCCCUGGAGGGGGCGCUCUUGCAACUAUUUGCGAUCCAGGUUACUAUGCUCUGAACGGAAGCUCCUCCUGUACGGAAUGUGAGAUAGGUUUCUUCUGUCCCGUCUCAGGAACAGUUGAGCGUACAGCUUGUACCACAGGUUACUAUGCCAAUGAGACCGGAUCCCAAUCCUGCGAGCAGUGUCCGGAGGGUUACCGAUGUACCUCGUCCCAUCUGAGUCCCGUAAUCUGUCCGCGUGGUUCAUACGCUUCGGCUGGAUCCACGUCUUGUACUUCAUGUAAUGAUGGCGAAUAUGCAGACAGUACAGGUCUAUCAUCAUGUAUGGCAUGUCCUGAGGGUUAUUCAUGUAAUAACACCAUGGCGUCUCCUUUGAUAUGUGCUCCCGGAACAUACAGUCCUUGGGCUGUCAAGUACUGCUUGGAGUGUCCCGAUGGGAGCUAUCAGGAUUCCCCUGGUCAGGCGUCUUGUGAAGCCUGCACCGCUGGCUCAGCUUGCUUGGACAAAACAUCAGCUCCUGUCCCAUGUCCUGACGGCUACUACUCUCUGGCCAACGCUACAACCUGCAUACCUUGUCCAGGAGGUUACCAGUGCACCGUCCAAUCAGCAGACCCUGUGCUCUGUACUGCAGGAAGCUUCGCAGCCAAUGGGAGUGCUGCGUGUCAGGACUGCCCAGUAGGCUUCUACUGUCCUUUCGAUGGGUUGCUCGAACCAAUCGGAUGCAUUGACGGAACAUUCAGCAACGAGACGAAUGCUAUUUCCUGUAUGGUCUGUCCCGCGGGGUCUGAAUGCUUAGACCAUUUCUCCACCCCUUCUCCCUGCUCAUCAAGUUAUUAUUCUCUAGGAGGGAACACCACCUGCACCAUCUGCCCAGCUGGUUACAGAUGUCCCACAAUGGAUGCAGAACCGAUCAUAUGCCAAGCCGGCCAGUAUGCCAGCUUGGCGCAAACAUCAUGUCAAGAUUGUCCAAAGGGAUCCUACUGCCCCUACGAUGGGUCUAGCGCCCCCACGGUCUGUUCUGCGGGCUGGUAUGCAGACUCUCUGGGAAAUGUGAACUGCACCACAUGUCCCAUGGGUUACCAAUGUGCGGAUGAAACGAAGAGUCCUGAAGCCUGUCCUCCUGGUUACUACACAGAUCAGACAGGUCAAGAGACAUGUAUUACGUGUGCCGCAGGGACUUACCAGACCGCUUCCAUGCAGACGAGUUGUACUGAGUGCCCCGCUAACUUCCGCUGCCCAAACAAUACCCAAGAACCCAUAGCUUGCGAGGCUGGCUUCUUUUCAACGAGUGGAUCCACCAGCUGUGCAUCCUGUCCUGUAGGUCAGGCGUGCGGGUCAUCGGGUCAAGGGUUAUGUCAGGUCGGAGAGUACUCCAAUGGCACCGACUGUUUGCCCUGCCCCCAGGGCUUCAUGUGCCCCUCACCCCUCGGCAACCCCCAGGCCUGCCCCACCGGUACUUACCAAGACACCACUGGCAAAUCCACCUGUUACCUCUGCCCCGGCGGUUCAUCCUGUCUCUCCGUCAGCGGUUCCCCGACGCCUUGUGACACCGGCUACUACAGCGUCAGUGGUCAACAGGUUUGUAGCAUCUGUCCGGAGGGAAAGUGGAGCGAUGAUGGCGCGUCUUCUUGCAGCGGCUGUCCAGCCGGUCAUGAGUGUCUGAAUGGUACGGAUAGGAUAAAGCCUCAGAACUGCACUGCUGGGACGUAUGCGGCCGAGGGUGCUGGCGUCUGUACCCCUUGCCCUCUCGGAAUGUUCAGUCUGGAACAGGCAUCAUCCUGUACACCCUGUCCUGUAGGGUCUCUGUGUCUUGUAGCAGGUGAUCUACCAACGGUCUGCCCUACAGGAACAUACAGCGGUCUUGGAGAGGGACUUCAGUGCACGGACUGUCCGGCCGGAUUCUACUGCCCUGACCCCACCAACGUCCCCCAGUCGUGCCCCUAUGGGACAUACUCCUCGGCCAGGAACGACUCCUGUACGCCGUGCCCUGAGGGGAUGUCUUGCCUUGAUCCUGGUGAUGCACCGGCCCCUUGUGAUAGCGGAUACUACAGUCCUGAGAUGAUUCCGAUGUGCCUCCUGUGCCCUGCGGGUGAUAGCUGCUCCAUCAGCUCGACGUCAAACUGUACUGAGGGCGAAUACAGCCUUGCCGGUGAGGAAACCUGCACGGCUUGCCCCUCGGGCUACGCUUGCCCCUUCACUGACCAACCACCAGUGGCAUGUACCUACGGUCAUUCAACCAAUGGGUCAACCGGUCAUACUGAAUGCUCACCAUGCCCAGCUGGCAUGUACUGCUCCGAUCCAUCACUGGCACCCAGUACAUGCGGGGAAGGAUCCUACAGUUUGCCCCUAUCAACUGAAUGUACCAACUGCCCUGCUGGAUACGCCUGCCCCACCACCGAUGAGGCACCAACGCCUUGCGAGCCGGGUUAUUAUUCCGUGGCAGCUCAGACGUCAUGUACCCCGUGCCCUGCAGGCCAGGCGUGCCCUUCGACCUCUGACCCCACAGCGGCUGUGAAUUGUCUCGAAGGUUCAUACUCCCUUGGCAACCAGUCAACUUGUACAAUCUGCCAGCCAGGCUACAUCUGUCCCAACACCACGACCGAUGCCAACAUAGCCGCCUGCCCAGCAGGUAGCUACGCCCGCCUGGGAGCGGCCUACUGUACCACCUGUCCCGCCGGAUGGCAGUGCCCACAAGCAGACGGAAGCGGCAAUGCAAAGUGUUCCUCGGGCUAUUUCUCUGAGGGUGGUUUAUCGGAGUGCCACGCCUGUCCCGCUGGCUAUCAGUGCCCAUCAACGACGUCUAACAGCUCCGUUCCCUGUGGAUUCGGCUACUAUGCCGAUGAAGGCGCUCGGUCAUGCACCAGAUGUCCGCCCGGCAAGGAGUGUCCUGACCGUGACGAUUCUUCCACCAUUGUUGACUGUGAUGAAGGUUACUACAGCGGCGGGGGGCAGGAGAGCUGUACGAUCUGCCCUGCUGGCAAGGCAUGCCCCUACACAUCCAGCACAUACCAGAUGCCUUGCAGCGACGGUUACUACGCACUGACUGGCUCAACGGAAUGUACCCCAUGUCCUGCUGGCUCCUUCUGUAAUGACACCAAGACUUCACCAGAAACCUGCGCUGAUGGGUAUUACAGUGAAGGUCUGCAAACUGCCUGUACUCCUUGCCCCAUCGGCCAUUACUGCCCGGUGACGGAUCAAGUACCGGUCAUAUGCGAUGCUGGUUACUAUAGCAACCAGUCGAGCGUAGCUUGUAGCACCUGCGACCCGGGCUAUGCCUGCUCAGAGGGAUCCACCAGUCGUACCCCAACAGAGGGACUAUGCAAACAAGGCUAUUACUGUGAAGAUGGACUGAACGAGCUUGCAUGUCCAGCCGGUACUUUCGGAAACAGGACUGGGGCAGCAACUGCGGCUGAGGGCUGUGCUGCGUGCCCUGAGGGUUAUUUCUGCCCUCAAGACCCGGUGAUUGGUACCCCUUCUGCGGAGUAUCUGUGCCCCCGUGGUUAUUUCUGCGAAUUCUCUACCGAGACAUCCACGGAGCAUCCGUGUGCGGCUGGGACCUACGGCGCGGGACUUGGAUUCACAACGCAAGACAACUGUUUGAAUUGCCCUAUAGGGAAAUACUGUCCUGCUGGUACGAGCUUGCCCCGUGAAUGUCCCAAAGGCUACUACUGCCCCGAGGGCACCGGAGCAGCCGAUGAAAACCCUUGUCUGGAUGGUACCUUUACAGAAGUUGAAGGAGCUGAGUCUCAAGGAGAGUGCAAGACUUGCCCUGCGGGUUACUACUGCCCCUCUGGUACCGACACACCACAGGCGUGCCCUGCCGGUACCUUCAAUCCCACCGUUGGUCAGAACGAGGUAUCUGACUGUAAUCCCUGUACCGCUGGGUUCGCCUGCACAACCGUUGCCUUGGUGGAGCCUGAUACGCACUGCUACCCUGGGUACUUUUGCCCAGCAGGAAGUGACAGUCCUAACGAUGCUGAUAAUGCUUGUCCGGCUGGAACCUUCAACGAUUACCAUAACCUUACUGCCUCCUUCCAAUGCGAAGACUGUGAAGCAUCGUUUGCAUGUUACGAAGGUACUGGCGGUCUUCAGCUGCCACCUGCGGUAUGCGCUCAAGGUCACUACUGUCCAGCAGGAACCCAGCACUCUGACCAAUACCCAUGCCCUGCGGGGUCUUGGACCAAUCAAACGAACCUGAAAGCGGUUGACGAAUGCUACGAAUGUCCUAGAGGAUACUACUGCCUUGAGGCAGCGACCGAACCAACAGAGCUCUGCCCAACAGGGCACUACUGUCCGGCAGGAACGCAAUCGGCCAACCAGUACCCAUGUCAUGAGGGUUCCUAUUCCAACGAGCGAGGUAACAUCCGAUGGGAGCAAUGCGUUGAUUGUACCGAGGGGCAUUACUGUCCAGAGGGUUCAUCGCUACCAACUGCAUGUCCAGCAGGUACAUUCCGUGAAGAAGAGGAAGGUGGAAGUGAAGAUGACUGCUCCCAGUGCACAGAAGGACACUACUGUAACGGAACUGGAAAUGUGGAGGCAACAGAAUGCUCCAAAGGAACAUAUUCUGACUGGGGUGCCACGAGCUGUACCACAUGUGAACCUGGUUACUACUGCGAUGAGCGAGCCACGACACAGACCAACAUGUACGCAUACAAGAUCUGCCCGGCCGGUGUCACCUGUGCGGCUGGACGUAUUUCCGCUCCCGAUCUCUUCAACGAUGCUUGCGUAGCCGGCUCUUACUGUUUGAGCGGAGAUAAGGAUCCGUACCCCCGGCACUGUCCAAACGGAACCUUCAGUGAUGAGACCGGUCUGAUCCAAGAAUCUGAGUGCCAGAUCUGUCCAAAAGGACAAUACUGCAACCCAACAGGACUUACAGCACCAGCGGGUGACUGUCCAGGCGGUCAUUUCUGUCCGGAGGGCACGGCCGAUCAGUACGCCAAUCCCUGCUCAGCUUCGUUCUACCUGAACGCAAGCGCUGGUGAGGACUCGCAAGGAUGCACCCUUUGUAUAGCAGGAUACUAUUGCCCCACGGAAGGUCUGUCGUGGCCAGUCGAAUGCCCUCAGGGCUUCUUCUGUCCUGCAGGGAGUCAGUACCCUUCGGCAUGUCCAACCGGUACCUACGGUAAUUCCACCCUCCUGCGUCGUAGUGAGGACUGCACACCAUGUCCUGGAGGCUAUUACUGCGAGGGUGCUGGUAACCUUGAACCCACUGAUGUCUGUGAUGCUGGUUUCUUCUGUGCUUUCAAAGCUGUGUCUUCGGCUCCUGUAGAUGGCUUCACUGGAGGUGUCUGUCCACCCGGUGGCUACUGUCCUGCCGGUACUGCCUAUCCAGCGAACUGUCCUCUGGGCACCUACAGCAACUCAUCAGGUUCGAAGUCUGCAGACGAUUGCAUUGCCUGUGACCCAGGAUACUACUGUGCCGGUGACAACAACCCUGAGCCAACGGGUCCCUGCGAGCCUGGGUAUUUCUGCACCGGAGGUUCGGGCACCAGUAUUCAGCAUGAGGUCCCUGAGGGUCACUACAGCGGCAGUGCCGCUUACAAGGCUGAGCCAUGUGAACGUGGCUCCUAUCAGACGGCCAGGAAGUCCUCCUACUGCUUAGACUGCCCUCAAGGGGCGUAUUGUAAUGAGUCGGGGACGGCGACGCCUGCACCGUGCCUCUCCGGGCACUACUGUCCGCCGAGGACCAUCAUACCGGUUCCUUGCCCAACGGGAACACAUCGUGUUGAGACCAGUGCUCAGGAGGUGGGUGACUGCACCACAUGUCCACCGGGGAAGUUCUGUGGUGAAACAGGCUUGAUAGAUGUGAGCGGAGACUGCGCUGCUGGACACUACUGUAUUGGGGGAGCCGACACCUCUCAUCCGUAUGAAACAGAUUGCGCCAAUGCCACGAUACUCGGUGGUGGGGAAUGCCCGGCUGGCUACUACUGUCCUGAGGGGACGGAAACGCCUACUUCUUACCCGUGCCAAAAUGGAACAUACCUCAACGUGACAGGAGGAAAGGAAAUUGAAGACUGCUUGGACUGCCCAGGAGGCGAGGUUUGCGGAGGGUAUGCUCUUACUGAACCCAACGAGCUCUGUGCUCCAGGGUACUUCUGCGCUGGCAAGGCCAAGACCCAGUACCCAACGGACGGCGAAACAGGCAACAUCUGCCCCGUGGGUCACUACUGUCCAGAGGGCUCCCCUGCGGCCAUGAGAUGUCCUGACGGGGAGUAUAACAACAUAACGGGAAGAGCAGAGUGCUUCACUUGCCCACAGGGAUUCUACUGCGCCGACGGCGAGCGUCUCCUGGCCUGCCCCCGAGGUCAUUACUGUCCCGAAGGCACCGGCAGCAACGGCUCCAUCCCCUGCCCUCGAGGGACCUACAAUCCGGAUCUAGGACUAGCCUCAGUAGACCAGUGCCAGCCCUGCGCUCCAGGAUACUACUGUACCCAACUAGGAGCCUACACAUUUGGAAUAGCUAAUGCCUCGGCAGGGCCGUGUGAUCAAGGUUAUUUCUGUCAGUCAGGUGUAAACAUCAGUAACCCAGAUGGCGAGACCAACAGUGGUAUCGGUGGACCCUGUCCCAAGGGAUUCUUCUGCCCCCAGCAGACGUCCGUCCCUCAGCCCUGCCCGAACGGGACCUACUCCGACUCCUUGUACCUGUACGAGGAGGCGCAGUGCGAAGCGUGCGAUCCUGGCUUCUACUGCGGGACGUACAACCUGACUGCACCUCAGGCUCCAUGCGACCCGGGUUUCUACUGUCACUAUGGAUCCUCGUAUCCAAAUCCUAUCGGAGAUGAUAUCACUGGGGCACCAUGUCCAGUGGGGACCUACUGUGAAGAAGGGUCCAGCGAACCUAUCGGCUGCCCAGCAGGAACCUACAACGAGAUCACCCAACAGUCGGAAUGCCAGCCCUGCCCGGCCGGCUGGUACUGCCCUGGAAAUGUGUCCAACUUCAGGCCGUAUGACUGCCCAGCUGGUUAUUACUGCCCUAAUGGUACGGAGCAUGCAUACCAAUAUCCCUGCCCCAAGGGAACCUACAGACCCAACGAGAAUGGCCAGACCCUGUCGGAUUGUACCAUUUGUGAUCCAGGGAAGUACUGCGCGUAUGAGGGAAACACCACUGUGACCGGAGACUGCGACGAAGGCUAUUUCUGCAUACAAGGGGCGUGGACGGCCAAACCAAUGGACUUUGACAACUACACAGACGGUGAUUGUUUGUGUCCUAGCUUGAGCACUGGAGGGCGCUGUCAGCCCGGUUAUUACUGUCCACGGGGAUCGUUUGAACCGGAGGAAUGCACGGAAGGGAACUACUGCGACGUGGAAGGUCUAGCUGAUGUUGCUGGGAAGUGUAUGGAAGGGUUCUACUGCAUCAGCACCGCAGUGAGACCAGAUCCUACCGAUGGCAUCACUGGUGAUAUAUGCCCUAGAGGAAGAUACUGUGGUAAUGGAACUGGAGCCAACCCUCCCAUGUGUCCAUCUGGGACCUAUUCCAACGGCACUGGUCUAAGGAUAGAGGAACAGUGUACAGACUGUACUGCAGGGUCUUACUGUGAAGAUCCUGGACUAACAGAACCAACUGGACUGUGUGACCCAGGCCACUACUGCCCAGUUGGUCAGUCCUCCAGCAGUCCGUUCCCAUGCGGUGAAGGGUAUUACUGUGAGGAAGGAAGCCCUUCGGAGACGGCUUGUGAAUCAGGGACCUACCAGGACGAGACUGGACAAUCAUCAUGCAAGAUCUGCAAUGGAGGAUACUACUGCGAUGUGGCCGAUGCCCCCAUAUCCGACUACACCAACCAUCCCUGUCCAGUUGGCCAUUACUGCCUAAAUGGCACCGAGUACGAGACCCAGUACCCCUGCCCCGCCGGGAAGUACAACCCAUCAGAGAGACUCGAGAGGGAGGACCAGUGCUUGGAUUGCCCCGCUGGCAAGUUCUGUGAUACGCCGGGCCAGGACAACUGGGUGGGAAACUGCGCUGCAGGGUUCUGGUGCAUCGGGGCGUCGGCUAGUGCCACACCCAACGAUGAUGUGACAGGAGUUGAGUGUCCAGCAGGAAAAUACUGUGUAGAAGGUACUCCUACACCCGAAAACUGUCCAGUUGGGACCUGGUCUGAUAGCCUUGGCCUCGAGAAGGCCAGCGACUGUUACCCAUGUUCUGGUGGAUUCUAUUGCAACGGGACAGGACUCACUGCGCCAUCUGGACCAUGUGAUCCAGGCUACUACUGCUCGUCCAACUCCUCCACUCCGACGCCGGAAGACGGUGGCAUCACUGGGGACCCUUGCACUGAAGGACAUUACUGCCCCGGUGAAACCACUUCACCGCUGCCAUGUGAGGCAGGGACUUACACCACCACCACCCAUCGCUCUGAGUGCGAUACCUGCCCAGCUCGCUUCUUCUGCACGACAGGAUAUGAACCUGAGGAAUGUCCCCACGGCUUCUACUGUCCGGCUGGAACCGGUUACGACUGGCAGCCCUGCCCGACGGGUACCUUCUCCAACAUGGCUGGUCUGGCGAACGAGACUCAGUGUACGCUCUGCUCACCAGGGAAGUUCUGUUCUGAGAUCAACUCAACGAUGGUAACGGGAGAUUGUGAAGCAGGGUAUUACUGCACGGAGGGAUCGGACACUGCUACGCCAGAGGUCACUUUCAAAGGAGUGGCCGGAGUAUGUCCAGAAGGUUCCUAUUGCCCAGAAGGCUCGGACACACCCACACCAUGUCCAAGAGGAACGUUUGGCAACGUCACCAAACUGACCAACGCAAGCGAAUGCACACCGUGCCUCUACGGCCAAUACUGCGAGGACGUUGGCUUGACCGCUCCGACCGGCGACUGCUACGCCGGCUUCUACUGCUUACGAGGUGCCAAAGAUCCCAACAACCCGACAGUCGAUUCAACGGGUGGUCCUUGCCCAGUGGGUCACUACUGUCCAAACGGGACGUCUUACCCACUGGACUGCGAGGCAGGAACCUACAACAACCAGACUGGUCAAUCGGAAUGUGAUCCAUGUCCACCAGGGUAUUACUGUGAAACCGGUGAUGUCCACUACGCAGAUACCCCAUGUCCAACCGGUCAUUACUGUCCGGAGGGCACCAAGUCGUCCGAUGAGUUCCCCUGUCCCAAGGGCUACUAUAAUGACUAUGAGGGCAAGCAAGAGCUGGUUGACUGCAAGCCUUGUACACCCGGUCAAUACUGUGGCACUCCCGGUCUCAGCGCCCCUACCGACCCCUGCGCCCCCGGCUGGUACUGUAUCCGAGGGGCGUGGUCAAGCAUGCCAACGGAUUACGGCUUCAACAACAUCACUACCUCAUGCUUCUGUUCAUCCAAUGCCACCGGAGGGCAGUGUUCGCCCGGAGAGUUCUGUCCUGAGGGAUCCAUUGAACCUACAAGCUGCACACGCGGCUAUUACUGUGAAGAAUACGGAAUGUCAAACGUCACUGGACCAUGUGAUCCCGGUUACUACUGCACCUUGGGUGCGUCCGAAGCCACACCGACCAACAACGUCACCGGCGCGGUUUGUCCCGCCGGCCACUACUGCCCUGAGGCAACCUAUGACCCCAUACCGUGUCCAGCUGGCUACUAUGUCAAUACAACAAAGAGUGUUGAACUGGAUGACUGCAUGCCUUGCUUGCCAGGUUACUACUGUGAAGGUACAGGCCUGCCCGAGCCCACUGGUCCCUGCCAAGCUGGCUAUUACUGUCCUGGCGGUCAGAACACAUCUCAGCCGACGGAAUACAUCUGCACUCCUGGUCACUACUGCGAAGCUGGUAGCUCUGGAUUGACUUCAUGUGCAUCUGGGACAUACCAAGAUGACUUUGGAAUGGAUUCUUGUAAGAGCUGUCCAGCUGGCUUCUACUGCGAUGCCACCCUCCAGAAUGACACCUUCUGCAGCCACGGUGUACAGAACCCACAGCCGUGUCCUCAAGGCCACUACUGUCCCAUGGGCACCAAGUACUCCAAGGAGUUCCCUUGCCCCAACGGAACCUUCAGUGACCAGACCAAUCUCGAGGAGGCCGAUGACUGUACCCCAUGUUCCGGAGGGAUGUAUUGCGACCGCGAGGGUCUGACUGCGCCGUACGGCGAGUGCGAGGCUGGGUAUUACUGCAUCUCGGGGGCAUCAUCGCCUACACCAACCGAUGGAGUCACAGGGGACAUUUGUCCAGUUGGGACGUACUGUCCCACAGGAUCUAACAAGACCUACGACUGUCCACCUUCAACAUACAACCCUACAGAAGGACGAGAGUCCAUCUCAGAAUGCCUUGCCUGUGAUGCAGGUGAAUACUGUCCUGUGUACGGCUUGAAUACCACGGCAGGAGACUGUGAUGCAGGGUUCUACUGUGCAGGCAACGCCUCAUCCGCUUCACCAACUGAUGGCGUGACAGGGGAUGAAUGUCCAGUUGGUCACCGCUGUCCAGCCGGGUCACCACAGCCGAUCCAAUGCGAGCCAGGAACCUAUACAGACACAACGCAGAAUGAAGCAUGUCUUCAGUGCACACCAGGUCACUACUGUAUUACCGGCUCCAACCCUGAGGACUGUCCUGCUGGUUUCUAUUGUCCAGAGGGAACUGGACAUGUAUGGCAGUCUUGUCCAGCGGGUACAUUCAGUCCAUCGACCGGCCUAUCAAAUGAGACCCAGUGUACUCAGUGUACUGCUGGUAAUUACUGCGACGUGGUCAACGCUACUACGGUAUCUGGUCCUUGUGACGGAGGGUUCUACUGCCGAAGCGGUUCCGACGCCAGACAGCCCAGUGAAUCCUCCAGGGGUGAUGCCGGUGUCUGUCCCGAGGGAUACUACUGUGUCCAGGGAACUGGGGAACCAGAGCCUUGUCCACCGUCUACUUUUAACAAUGUCACCGGGAUCUCUAGCUUAGAUGAAUGCCAGGAUUGCUUGGAAGGUCAUUACUGCGAGAUACCAGGCCUGAGCUACCCCAGCGGUGAAUGCGAUCCCGGCUUCUACUGCCAUCUCGGCUCCAACUCCUCCAACCCCAGCGUCGCCUCGUCCACCGGUGGACCCUGCCCUGCUGGCUCCUUCUGCGUCGGAGGCAACAGCGACUAUGUCCUCUGCCCGCCAGGUUACUACCAACCUAAUGAGAGGGAGGAUAACUGCUUGGACUGUCCUGAGGGACAUUACUGUGAGGAGGGAAGCUACAACUACACCAUCUGUCCUAAAGGUCACUUCUGCCCUCUAAACACUGAGUUUGCGACCGAGAACCCUUGCAACAACGGAACCUUCAACAAUGCUACGGGAGGCAGCGACGUCAACGCCUGUGAGCUCUGCCCGGCGGGGAUGUACUGCCCUGAACGAGGAAUGGAAGAACCCGCUGGUCUCUGUGCUCCCGGCUGGUAUUGCAUCCUGGGAGCCUGGAAGGAUAUGCCUACUUCCCUUGGAAAUGAUACUGAUUUUGGCUGUGCCUGUCCCAACGAUACCACUGGAGGGCGCUGUCUUGCAGGAACAUACUGUCCGGCUGGUGCUUCACAACCAAUACAGUGUGACCCAGGUUACUACUGCCGUUACGAUGAGCUCGCCAAUGUCAGCGGCCUUUGUGAAGCUGGUCAUUACUGCAUCGGUAGUACUAUCCUACCUAACCCAGUCAACGAGACGACCGGUGAUAUCUGCCCCAAAGGUCAUUAUUGUCCUGAGGGAAGCUAUGAUGCACAGCCAUGUGAACCAGGAAAAUUCACCAACCAGUACGGCAAUCAGGCCGAGGGUGACUGCCAGCCGUGCACUGCUGGAAUGUACUGUGCUGGCUGGGGUCGUGCCUUGCCCAACGCAGAAUGCGACCUCGGUUGGUUCUGCCACGCAGGCUCGACGGCUGCCCAACCCAACGGUAGCCAGUGUCUCCCCGGUCACCGUUGCCCCGUUGGUAGCCACGAUCAGAUCCCUUGCCCAUCUGGCGAGUAUCAGCCCUUCGCAGAGCAGGGAGAGUGCGUGGAAUGUCCUGCAGGUUCAUACUGCGAUCGUAACGAGGCCAUCGAUGAGGAGCAGAGUGGUGUUGGGGCGCCCUCUCAUGGUGUGGUUAUGCCCAAGGUUUGCCCUGCAGGUUUUUACUGUCCGAAUGGCACCGAAACAGCAAGGGAGUUCCCCUGUCCUGUAGGAACCUACAGUAAUACUACCGGGCUAGAGAGUGAAGCAGAAUGCAGAGAUUGCCCGGAAGGCUUCUAUUGCGAAGCAGAAAACAUCACGGAGCCCACCGGCCUCUGCAGCCCAGGGUACUACUGCGUCCUCCGAGCUUACACACCCCAACCCGACGGCAGUGACUCCACCGGAGGCCCUUGCGAGCAGGGCACCUACUGCACCGAGGGGUCCUCGUACCCGACUCACUGUCCAAAGGGAACCUUUGGUCACGUUGACAGGCUCCCGGCAGAGUCAAACUGCACCGACUGCUGGCCUGGGUAUUACUGCAAUGAAGUCGGCCUGACUGAACCCAACGGAACAUGUUAUCCAGGAUUCUACUGUUCACUGGCAGCCAUUGAGCCCAAUCCUAACGGUCAGUCCUAUGGUGAUGUCUGUCCAGUCGGUCACUUCUGUCCGCAGGGUAGCUAUGCCCCAGAGCCUUGUCCAGCGGGCACCUACCAGCCCCACGAUAUGAUGACCAAUGAUUCGGCCUGUCUGCCGUGUACACCUGGCAUGUACUGCAAUACAACAGGACAGGCAGCUGAGACUGGUGAAUGUUAUGCUGGUUUCUACUGCACCCUUGGGGCGAGCAACCCCGCCCCUCAGGAUGGCAUCACGGGUGACAUCUGUCCCCCUGGGUCUUACUGUGAACAGGGCUCACCCACCCAUGUCUACUGCCCCAACGGAACUUACACCAACUACUCAGGGGCCGAUGCUUGUGAUGACUGCCCUCAAGGAUACUACUGCGUGAAUCGUGACCGAGCUGACCCCUGCAUCACCGGGCACUACUGUCCAGCCAAGACCGGUGCUGACCUUUAUAAGUGUCCCCAGGGCACAUACAACCCUCAGAUGGGUAUCUAUGAGGAGAGCCAGUGUCUGGAGUGUGAUGGCGGCAAGUACUGUCAGGAGCCUGGGCUUUCGGCCGUCUCGGGCAACUGCUCGGCUGGAUUUUACUGCGAAUAUGGUGUGGAUAUGCCAGAACCGACAGGAGUCGGUAACACAGGCCUUGGCAACAUCUGUCCCCGCGGCCACUAUUGUCCCGAGGGAAGUAUCGUCCCGCUUGGUUGCCCAGCGGGUUAUUACACCGAGCUGACCAACGAGGAGACGUGUACACCUUGCCCCGAGGGCUACUACUGCCUCGAGAACGCAACGACUUAUGAGGAUACCAUUUGCCCUGAAGGUUACUAUUGUCCAGAGAUGACUGCCAGUCGAUACGAGAAUCCCUGCCCUAUGGGAUCUUACAACCCUGUCAACGGGAGCAAUGAGCUUGAGGACUGCCUCUCCUGCCCACCGGGUGAAUUCUGUGAAACUGAUGGUCUUAGUGAGACUUCGGGUAACUGCAGCGCCGGAUGGUACUGCACUGGAGGAUCGUACAUGGCUGAACCCCUGCAAUCGGACAACGCCACUGACCUGUCCGAGUGCUCUUGCCCGCUGACCAACUACACUGGGGGCAAGUGUUGGCCAGGGACGUAUUGUCCCAGCGGAAGCUACUACCCUGUGCCCUGUGAUCCAGGAUCGUUCUGCAUGGACUAUGGAUUAGCAGAGCCUCAAGAUCUCUGUGAUGCAGGUUUCUUCUGCAAUGGCAGUGCAUCCCAGCCUGAUCCUGACUAUGGCAUCUGUCCAGCUGGAUACUACUGUGUCCAGGGUUCACCCACACCGACACCUUGUCCCGCAGGAACUUUCUCCAACACAACACAGAACACUGAGCGUGCCAACUGUCUAGACUGCAUACCCGGCAUGUACUGUGCAGGCAACGCGUUGACCGCCCCAUCGGACGAAUGUGACCGAGGCUACUACUGUCCAGCCGGUCAAGACACGGCCGCACCCGAAGAGUACAACUGUACCAUCGGUCACUUCUGUAUCCAGGGAAGCCCUGCCCCUGAUCCGUGUCCGUCUGGAGAGUACCAGGAUGAAGAGGGGGCGUGGGAGUGCAAGGAAUGUAAUCAAGGAUAUUACUGUGAUGCAAACGAGGCAGCAACCUUCUAUGGUGUAGCCUCCCACGGUGUGGUCAACCCGACAGUGUGCCCGACAGGUUCCUAUUGCCCAGCGGGUACCGAGUCAGCCACCCAGUUCCUCUGCCCCUACGGUACCUUCAGCAACAGAACCCAGCGGGAUAGUGCGGACGAUUGCCAGUCCUGUCCUGGAGGGACUUACUGUGAUGAUCUAGGCUUGACCGAAUACAAGGAUCUUUGUGAUGCUGGCUUCGUCUGUGUUUCUGGUGCAAACAACUCCCAUCCCACUGACGGGGAGACCGGUUACGAGUGCCUGCCAGGAUACUACUGUCCAAAGGGUUCAGACCAGGGAAUAAAGUGUCCUCAGGGAACGUUCAGUAACGAGACAGGACUGGAAAACGUCACUGAGUGUGAACUGUGCACACCAGGGUAUUACUGCUUGACUGAAGGACUGACUACUCCUACUGCCAAGUGCCAGGAGGGUCACUACUGCACCCUGGGUGCCAUCAACCCCAACCCGUCCGGGGAGAGCUACGGUGACGACUGCCCGGCUGGAUCCUACUGCCCCGAGGGUAGCCCCGCUCCAGAGAACUGUCCAGCGGGUACCUACAAUCCCCUGUCCAACCAGGCCAACUUGACCGACUGCUUGGACUGUCCAGGUGGAAAGUAUUGCGGGGAACAAGGCAUGACCAACUAUACAGGUGACUGCGAUGCCGGUUUCUACUGUUUGGGCGGCGCCGAUGAUGCCACGCCCAUGGACGGUGAAACGGGCGAUGUCUGUCCACCGGGAGCAUUCUGUGUCCAGGGAAGCAGCAUCUAUGAACCUUGUGCAGAUGGUGACUACAUGAACCACACCCAAGCCGACGCCUGCUACACCUGUCCUGCCCGUUACUACUGCUACUCCAACAAGAUCAAUCCGUUGCCGUGCCCCAUGGGUAACUUCUGUCCCCUCGGAACAGCUCUGCCUGAUGAUCUUUGCCCUAUUGGAACCUAUGGCCCGGUAGAGGAGCUAGCUACAGCCGAUGAGUGCACCCAGUGUGACCCCGGAUACUACUGCGAUACUCCUGGUCAGGUCAAUGUGACAGGCCCCUGUGCCCCUGGCUAUUACUGUGAGAUCGGUGUGAACACGCCUGCCCCCAACAGCAAUAACACUGGAGUUGGAGGACCAUGUCAAGAGGGAACGUACUGUCCUGGAGCUACUCCUGAACCCAUCCCAUGUGAGGCUGGAACCUAUAACUCACUCACCACCAAGGCUGCGUGCCUUGAUUGUGAGCAGGGCUACUACUGUGUAGCCAACUCAACCACCUACAUGGAUGCACCAUGCCCUAAAGGAUAUUACUGCCCGACUGGAACAGAAUACUCUACCCAGUACCCAUGCCCUGCAGGGAAUUUCAACAACAGAACUAGGGGAGAUGAUGUCUAUGAUUGUAUGCCUUGUACAGCUGGCAAGUACUGUGAAGGUGACGGCAAUGACGUCCCAACGGCUGACUGCUCACCAGGCUGGUACUGUACCCGUGGUGCCUAUAGCAGCAAACCUCAACCUGAGGUCAACGAAACCCUCAUAUCAGACCUCAUGAUUGACUGCCCCAUCUACGCACUCAACAACACUGGAGAUAUCUGCCCACCAGGUACGUACUGCCCUGAAGGUUCUGACCAACCGCUCCAGUGCCCUCCGGGUCAAUACUGCGAGGACUAUGCAAACCCCAUCCCUGAUGGUGACUGUGAGGCGGGCUACUUCUGUAACGGUAGUGCAGAGGUUCGCGAUCCUGUAGCCUGCACUCCAGGGUACUACUGCCCAGAGGGAACGACCAUCGAGGAGCCAUGCCCACCAGGAACUUUCUCUCCAUACACGAUGAAUGUGAACAUCAGUGACUGCCUGCUGUGUACCGCCGGCAUGUACUGCGAGAACUACGGCCUUCCAAGCCCCACGGCGGAAUGCACUGCUGGCUACUACUGCCCAGGCGGCCAGAACACCUCCCAGCCCACUGACCUUGCCUGCAGUCCUGGUCACUUCUGUGAGCAGGGCAGCUGGAACCAGACCGGGUGUCCUUCAGGGUAUUACCAACCUCACUGGAAGCAGAGUGAUUGUGAUAUCUGCCCGGAGGGCUCUUACUGCAAGGCAUUCGGUGACUAUGAGCUCCUGGAUGCAGAGAACAUCACAGAAACCGGCAACUUCAGCGGCCGUUACCGAAGCUACCGAGGCGUGGCUGUACCCACGAUAUGCCCCGGAGGAUCGUACUGUCCCGAAGGCACGGAAUUCGGUACCCAGUACCUGUGUCCUGCUGGAACAUACAGCAACCAGACUGGUCUCUAUAACUACACCCAAUGUACUCCAUGUGAACCUGGAAUGUACUGCCCAGGAGAAGGAAACACCAUGCCAUUUGACUACUGUGCCCCGGGCCACUUCUGUACUCAGGGCGCAUCCAGUGCCACCCCUGUUGACGGAAUCACAGGAGACGAGUGUCCUGUGGGACGCUACUGUGAGACUGGGAGCAUCACCGGAGUGGGGUGCCCCAAGGGUACAUUUAGUAUCCAGACUGGUUUAAUGGGUGCCGAUCAAUGCUGGAACUGUACGGCCGGUUACUACUGUGGCCGGACUGGAUUGACCGCUGUCUCUGGACCUUGCUGGGCAGGUUACUAUUGCUUGAGCUCUUCUGAGGAGAUGGCCCCAGUGGGCAAGACGUACGGUGAUGUGUGCACUCCAGGACACUACUGCCUCAACGGAACAGAUAUCCCAGAGCCUUGUCCUCCAGGAAUGUUCCUGGACGUCGAAGGAGCGGAUGAAUUGGACGAUUGCUUACCUUGCAGUGCAGGAUCCUACUGCGAGACUCCCGGCAAGACCAACGUGACAGCUGAAUGUUCUGAAGGCUUCUAUUGCUCAGGUGGCUCUAAUCGAAGCAAUCCAAUGGACGGCAUCACAGGCGACAUAUGCCCUGCUGGUUACUACUGCGAGCUCGGAUCUGUAGCCCCAGUCCCUUGCCCCAACGGAACCUACGUCAACCACACCGGAGCGGCUGCAUGCUACGUCUGCCCGUCUGGCCGACAGUGUAUCCAUGGCGACACAGCUGACCUUUGCCCUCAGGGCUACUAUUGCCCCGAGGGGACCGGCUAUGAUGUCAUUGCUUGCCCGGCAGGUUACUUCGGGAAUAGCAGCGGUUUGGCCAGAGAAUCAGAGUGUUCUCCUUGUACAGGCGGAUAUUACUGCAGCACUCCUGGUCUUGGUCGGGAAGAUGGCCAGUGCACACAAGGAUUCUACUGUGAAUACGGAGUCGAUGUUGCCACGCCCUCUAGUAGUCAUACUGGAGUGGGCGGAGUCUGCCCCGAGGGGAGCUACUGCCCGACAGGAUCAAUACGACCAUUGGAAUGUGAUGCUGGCACCUAUACAAGUAGCCCACAACAAUCAACAUGCGACCCGUGCAUAGCCGGCUACUACUGCCCCUCGAACACCAGCGACCCCACCAUGUACCCCUGCCCUGAGGGCCACUACUGCCCCCUUGGUACGGCCUACGACAUCCAGUACCCAUGCCCCGAAGGGACCUACAACGGCCUUGUGAUGCAACAGAAUAGCACUUCCUGUGACCUUUGCCCUCCGGGGAUGUACUGCCAGGGCGAGGGGCUGCCGAUGCCGACGGGUAACUGCUCGGCCGGCUGGUUUUGCACAGGAGGAUCGGCUAGCUCCAUGCCCCUACCACCAGGCAAUGCAUCGAUCAUCUCAGACUGCACCUGUCCAGCAGCCAACUACACUGGCAACAGAUGUCCACCUGGAACCUACUGUCCAGCUGGGGCAUCCAGACCGAUUGAUUGUGAUCCGGGCUAUUACUGUUUGGACUAUGAGCUUGAUGCUCCUACUGCUCAAUGCAACGCUGGUUUCUACUGCCCAGGAGGAAAUGACAACCCAGAACCUGUAGGAUUUGAAUGUCCAGCCGGUCACUACUGUGAGAUAGGCUCGCCCUACCCCACCCCAUGCUCAAAUGGAACAUUCUCAAAUACCACAGGCAACACUGAGUCAGCCAAUUGCGAGUCUUGCACACCAGGACACUUUUGUGCUGGAGAGAGUCUGUCAGUACCAUCCGGUCAGUGCUACGCUGGAUACUACUGUCCUGGCGGUCAAGCAACCAAGACCCCUGUCCAGUUUACAUGUCCAGCUGGCUUCUCUUGUCCAGUCGGAAGCUCGGCUCCAGAGCUUUGUGUUCGAGGUACAUACCAGUCCUCGGAGGGUCAGGGUGCCUGCGACCUUUGCCCUGAAGGGUCAUACUGUGACCCCUACGAGCUGAACAAUGUGACGGGAGUGAUCGUACCCCAGGAUUGCAUUAUGGGCCAUUAUUGUCCGAACGGAACGGAGUACGCCCAGCAGAACAUGUGUCCGCCAGGAACCUACUCCAACAGGACAAACCUUGCCAGUGUUGACAUGUGUACACCAUGUGACGCCGGUUGGUACUGUGACGAGGCUGGUCUACAGGCCCCCAAGGCCGAAUGCCAGGCCGGUUUCUUCUGCACCCUAGGAUCUAGUGAGCCUGCCCCUGAGGACGGUGUCACUGGAGAUAUCUGCCCGAUAGGGAUGUUCUGUGUCCAGGGUUCAGUUACAGGUGAGAACUGUCCAAAGGGUCGCUAUGGCAACCAGACCGGUCUACGGACAGCACAAGAAUGUCCUCUCUGCGAUCCCGGCUCCUACUGCCCCAUCGUUGGCCAGUCUGAGCCCUACGCCGAUUGCCAGGCUGGGUUCUACUGUGAGCUGGGCUCGGACCGAUCUAAUCCGACCAACGGUACAGGGUACCUAUGUCCGAUAGGCCGCUAUUGUCCCGCAGGCACACCGGUACCCAUCCAAUGUCCAGUGGGAACUUACAAUCCUGAAGAAGGCAAAGACACCAUAGAAGAUUGUGUGGGAUGCGAUCCCGGCUACUAUUGCCAGUAUGAAGGGCAGUCUAACAUCACAGGCACCUGUAUAGAAGGAUUCUACUGCAUGGGAAAUGCCUCCAUCCCUAACCCACAAGAUGGAGUGACCGGUGACAUCUGUCCAAUCGGUCACUACUGUCCAGAAGGCACUGGCUAUCCCCUACCAUGUAACAAUGCGACCUACAUGAACGAAACAGGAGCGUCCGAGUGUUUGAUCUGUCCCGAGGGCUACAUGUGUGUGCGAGGAACCGAGCCUGACCCCUGCCCAGCAGGCUUCUUCUGCCCAACUGGUACUGGAUACGAUGUACAGCCCUGCCCGCAAGGAACCUUUGGAGAUGGGCCUGGAUUGGCUGCGGAGAACGAAUGUACCGAUUGUCCAGGUGGAUACUUCUGCGAGAGCCCAGGCCAAGACUCCCCCGCAGACGAAUGUGACCCAGGAUUCUUCUGCACUAUAGGUGUGAACGUGAGAGCACCAAAUGGAAAUAACAAUACAGGAUUCGGAGGUCGUUGCUACGCAGGUCACGAAUGCCCAACGGGAACGGCUACACCCAUUCCAUGUCUGGCUGGUUUCUACAGCGGCUAUACUCAGAGAGCUAGCUGUGAUGUUUGCCCAGCAGGUUCUUACUGUGAGAAUACCACUGUUGUACCUCAGGAAUGUCCAGUCGGUCACUACUGUCCAGAUGGAACUGAAUAUAGUGACCAAUACCCCUGCCCCACUGGACGCUACAACAACGUGACAGGUCAAAUGAACUUGACGGACUGCAUGUACUGCCCACCGGGCAUGUACUGCGAGGGGACCGGUUUGGACUACCCCAGCGGAUGGUGCGACGAAGGGUUCUAUUGCACAGGAGGCUCCUACGCCAAGAGGCCAUUCGAUGUUGGUGUUCUGGUCAACAGUAGCUACCAGUAUCCAGACGACACCUGCCACCCGCAGUUUGACUGCGUGUGUCCAGAUUACAUCAACAGCACAGGAGGGCUAUGUGGGCCGGGGUACUACUGCCCUCGCGGGUCACCGAGACCUCUCAACUGUCCCGCUGGCAUGUACUGCGAGACUCCAGGGCUGGCUGAGCCGACUGGUAACUGUUCUGCUGGUUUCUACUGCAACCAUACAAGCUUCGAGCCUGACCAGUACCCCUGUCCAAGGGGCUACUACUGCCCAGUGGGGACGGGCGUCCCAUUCGGUUGCCCGGCUGGUACGUACAGUAAUACCGAGGGCAACUUGGAGCUGGCUGACUGCCUCAACUGUACGGCUGGACAGUAUUGUGAAGGUGAAGGCAACGCUCUUCCCGAUGCCGACUGUGACCCCGGUUACUACUGCCCCGGUGGUCAAACCUCCUCCAACCCCGUCGGUCUGGAGUGUCCGGCCGGUCACUACUGUCCAGGGGGAUCACACGACCCUAUCCUCUGCGAGAACGGAACCUACCAGGCCAAUACAAGGGAGCCCUCGUGUGACCAGUGUCCCGGUGGAUACUACUGCGACCCAACAGAAUCUGGUCCUGUCAUCACCCCUGAGACCUGCCCAAGGGGGUACUUCUGCCCACCUGGCACUGGAUUAUCCACCACUAAUCCCUGCCCAGCGGGUACGUUUGGAGACAGCGAUGGUUACGAUGAGCUUGAUGACUGCGUACAGUGCACGGCUGGGUCAUACUGCGAGGAGCCGGCGUUGUCGGCACCAACCGGCGAGUGCUAUGCAGGGUAUUAUUGCACUGGCGGAGCAUUCAGCCCAACACCUUAUGAUGAUAUGGUCGAUCCUGACAACAGUUCUUUCACUGGCAAUGAUGUCUGCCCGAAGGGUUACUACUGUACCAAUGGAACGGACUAUCCGGAGCCUUGUCCUCCAGGGACAUUCUCUGUCAACACCAGGGUCACCGAGGAAGCAGACUGCGAUCCAUGUCCUCUUGGAAAGUACUGUAAUCUUCAAGCGUUUAUCAGGGUCAACGACGCACCGGACUGUGACGAUGGCUACGUCUGUACAGGCGGAAGUACCACUGGUUCUCCGGCCAGCGGUAGCGGCAUGGGCUACCCCUGCCCGGCCGGUCAUUACUGUCCAUCAGGUGUGACCAGUGAGCUAGGUUGCCCCAUCGGAACAUACCAACCCAAUGAGGGCCAGGCUAAUUGUACAGUUUGCCCUGACGGCUUGAUGUGUCUCUACACCAAUAUGACCAUGCCGGAGCCUUGUAAAUCAGGCCACUACUGCGUAUUCGGUGAGGAGCUACCAAUCCCGUGCCCACCUGGACGAUUUAAUAACAUCACAGGAAUCACUUCGGAGGAAGAAUGUCCGUACUGUGUGUCUGGCCAAUACUGUGCAGGCUAUGGCAACGUCUGGCCAACAGGACCAUGUACAGCAGGCUACUACUGCCAGGGUGGAGCCGUCGACCAGGUUCCAACGGCCACAGCAGAGUUCUCCGAAAAUGGUCUCUGUCCCGUGGGUCACUACUGCGACGAGGGCACACCCGCACCUGAGCAGUGCCCAGCGGGAACCAUCCGCUACACAGAGGGCGCUGCGGCCGUCGACGACUGCCUCCCCUGCCCGGGAGGCUACUACUGCGACACGCCAGGCAAGACCAAUGCAACGGGUGAAUGCACGGCCGGAUUCUACUGCCCGGCCAACGAGACCAUCACUGCACCGACCCCUCAGGAGUUCAUAUGUCCAGUGGGUCACUAUUGUCCAGAGGGUAGCCCAGCUCCGGUGCCGUGUGGGGUCGGUAACUACCAGCCUGAACCCGGAAGGGAUUCUUGCAUCGCAUGCCAAGCUGGGUACUACUGCCAGAGCUCUUUGUUUCCAGACCCAAAGCCUUGCCCGGCAUAUCACUACUGCCCUGCUGCUACCCAGACCCCUAUCCCAUGUCCCGAUGGAACCUUCACCUAUCCCAACGACACCGGCUUGAAAUCAGAGUAUGAAUGCUUGCCUUGCCUCGCGGGACAAUACUGCCGAGGAGGUCAGCUCCAGGGCAACUGCUCUCAGGGUUACCUCUGCCUAAGCUCCAGCUCGGAGUACACGCCCAACGGAACCUUCCCCGUCUACGACGUGGACAAGACCCAGUGCGAGGCGAACACCACCUGCGCAGGUCCAUGCCCCCUGAGUCACUACUGCCCCGAGGGCACGACGGACGCAAUCCCCUGCUCGAACUACACCUACAGGGCGGAGUACUUUGGCAGUGUGGAGGAAGACUGCUAUCCCUGUCCUCCAGGAAGCUACUGUCUUGAAGGUGACCCCACCCUCUACCCCUGCCCGUUGGGUCAAUACUGUCUGGAAGGUGUGGCUCCUAUGGUCUGCCCUCUCUAUCACUAUCGAGACGUUGAGGGUGCCGCAAGCAUGCAGGACUGCUUCAACUGCGAUCCUGGGUACUACUGCAAUGAAACAGGAAUGACAAACCACACAUACUACCCGUGUCCCGUCGGCCACUACUGUGUGGAAGCGACAACUGAACCAGAGCCUUGCACCGGAGGACGAAUGAGCACUACAGAGGGACGCAUCAGCAACGAAGACUGCCCUCUAUGUACGCCGGGAUACUAUUGUCCUAAUGACACAAUCAACGUCCAUGGUAUACCUUGUCGACCAACGUAUGAGUGUCCAGAAGGAGCAUCACUAGAAGUCACAUGUCGAGGAGGUCAUUACUGUGAAGGAGUAACAGGGGAACCCCCUGUGUGUCCGGGAGGAUACUACUGUCCUAUUGGAUCAUUCGCACCGACCAUGUGUUUCUACCCCAAGUACUGUCCGGAAGGCACAGAAGUACCCCUAGCCUGUCCUCUGGGAUACAAGGCAGUCAAUCAUAAUGCACUACGUAGCGACGCAGCGGGAUCCUGUCGUAUCUGCCCAGCGGGUACCUAUGGUAACCACACAGAGAGGUUCUACUGCGCCGACUGCCCGCAGGGAUACUACUGCCCAGAAGGUACGGGAAACCCUCAGGACUACCCGUGUGAGGAAGGUUACUACUGUCCUGCUAACUCAUCCGCACCGACGCCCUGUCCACCCGGUACCUUUGGAAACCAGGUCCAGGCUUACAGUGAGGAUCAGUGCGCGGCCUGUCCAGCAAACACCUAUAACAAUUUGGUGGCUCAGGUCGCCUGCAGGCCAUGCGGAAGUGCCUCACACUCAGAACCAGGAAGUGCAACUUGCACCUGCAAUGGCCUAUACCGGUCCUUCCAGAUCCUCGACGGCUCCUGCGAGUGCCAGUCGGGCUACGUCUUCUACGACGAAACCGACCAGGAGCAGGAGGAGGGUAACGGCGACGGUGACUGCCAGCCGAGGGUCGACCCCCGCUGCGAGCUCAAUCAGGUCCACGACUCCAGCACCCGUGAGUGCGUCGACCCUGCCGAGGUGAACUGCACGGUGCCUUGCGAGAACGCCGGCGGUGGAACGUAUGAUGCGACUCUUGCAAGGUGUGUUUGUAAUGUGUACACAACCGCGGAAGAGAUCUGUGAUGCAAACUGCACCGCAAACAUGCCAAUGACUAUGACUUCAGUCGAUGCUACCGGACAAGUGACCAUAACAUCUAGCGAUGGAUAUGGAAGUACCAUCACAAGGAGCUUAUCAGGAACUAUCGGUCCCAACGUACACACUACGGGACAGAAGAGGACAGAGAUGUGUGAAACAUCCUCAACGGGUACCACUUGCGUCAUUCCUACAGAUGUGGGCGAUGUCGAUGCUUUCACCACAGAAGAUUCGACAGUGGUUGUGACCACAUCGCUCUACAGCACUUCUGAGACCUAUGCCUCUUCUGACUCCUACACCACAAUGAACUACUCCAUGGGCUCCACCGGCGCAUCAAGACGUCGUCUCCUGAACACCCAGUCAACGACAGGAGUGAGCGGCAUCGAGAACCCACUGGUCUGCCUGGAGCUUGAGGACCUCAUUCUUUUCCGCGUCAACAUUGACCAGUCCGACCGCUCCCUCAGCAACUACCCAGUCUACCGGAAGGACCAUCUCUUCAACACCAACCCGACCUUCGACUACAGCGAGUUCCGCGACCUACGAUUCUCCGUCCUGAACACCAACCUCUCCAUAUCGUUCUUCGCCCAUGUCUUCACGGAGCCGGGUCGCUAUGUCUUCGCCGAUGCGCAGGAGCCCAGCUGGGAGAUCAUAGUGGCUGUACAGGAGCAAGACGUCUCUUGUGAUAACAUCAGGAUUGGGCCCUCAAGCCCGUCCAACCUGGUCUCGCAGGAUAUCAGCAAGAACAAUGAUCUGAAUGAGGAACCAGACUGGGGUCUCAUUAUCGGCAUGCUGGCUUUCCUUGGAGCCUGUAUCAUCAUGCUCGUCAUUGCUGUCAUCGUCUGGAGGCCCAAGGAUGCUGGGAUAUAUCCGAUGAAAGCCUGGAAGCCCAAGUACCGCGCCCUCGGAGCCCCGCCCAAGAUUCCCACGUAUCUCCAAUACAAGGACCAAGAACGGGAAGAACUGAUGGCCGGCACCACUGUAGCCAGCGCAUCAGCCGUUGCUGUGUCAGGGAUGGCCUCAGGCAAGCCCACCCUCCUGGAGGACUUCAAUGUGCGGACUCUGUACGACAAGCUGGAAGACCAGACCCUGUAUCUCUCUCAGCAGCUGGCCAAGCAGCAAGAAGAUCUCCAGGGUUUCUAUGAGCGCAUGUCCAAGCAGACGGAUGGACUGAAGGAUCUCCUGGUCAACCUUGAUGUGACAAAGCUCGAACGUCUCUCCGGCCACAGACGAGGACGCCGCAGUAGUGGUUCGAGCAGUGACAGCAGUCGCAGUGGCCAUGAUAUCCGAGUCAUGAAUUACUCUUCAAGCCGUACCUAUAACUUCUCAGGAUCUAACAGGAGGGAGCAGGAGCUCAUGGAGGCCCUGCAGCUCCUCCUGGAGAAGCUCAACACCGGUAAGAUCCCUCUGAGCCAGGAGAUGCUCCAGCAGGCUGGGCUCGCGUCUGGUGGAUCCAUCACAGGGGGUGUGGUCUCCGGGAAGGGAGCCACUGUGGACAAGCUCCUGGUGAAACAGAAGGCGGAGCGCAUGCACCUUGACAAGGAGCUGAGGGAGGAGGCAGAGAACGAGAUGGAGAAACUCCUGGCGGAGCAUGAUGAAAGGCGUGCUAUGCUCAGUCGACAAAUGUCUGAGAAUCUCCAAGCCAAGCUAGACCAGGCGACCACGAAGGAGGAGAUCGAGAAGAUCAUGUCCGACCACGAGAAAAAGAUGGCCGAUUCCCUGGAUCAGCUCGACAAACAGAAAGCCAAUCAGAUGCAGGCUCUUAUGAGACGACUCGCUAACAGACGACGAGAGAAAGAGGGCGCCCUCAAGAGACAACACAAGGCAGAGGCCGAGCAGCUGGGCAUCAAGCUGGAAGACGCCGGUGAGACCGACCCUGAGGGAGUCCUCCAGAGCCAAGGCUUAGACCUGGACCUACUGAUGGCAGAGGAGAACGCAAGUAGAACCAAGGACCAGGCUAACAUCAGCAGGAAUCUGGCCAAGGAACAACAGAAGAUGAUGUCUGAUAACAUGAACAAUACUCUGACCAACCUUGAAGAGAGUGGUGUCCUCUCGGAAAGCGAUGUCAGCGACCUGAAAGGAGAGCUAGAGAGCAUGGAAGACCAGCUGAAUAGGAAGAUGGCAAAGAGAAAGUCUGACCUGAACAGGAAUAUGAAGAACAAGAUGGCGGAGAAGAGGCGUAGGAAGACAAAGAAGCUUCAGACGCAGCACGAUAAGGAGCUUGAGAAAUGUACAUCCAGUGAGGAGGCAGAGGAGGUGGAGGAGAGACACCAGAAGAGAAUGGAAGCCAUGGAGAAAUGGUUGGACAGCGAAGAGAAUCAGCUGGCACAGAGUAUUGAGAAAGAGAUCGGUAACCAACAUGCCAAGGAACUGCAGGAGGGGCACAAGGAGAUCCUUGAUAAGCUCGCAGACUCUCAUGGCGUAGAUCAAGUCACGCAACAGCGCCUCUUAGAUCAGCUCCGUCGCAACAACGAAGACAUCUCCUACGAACUCGGCGUCCAGCGUGAGCAGCAAUCCUCCAACCUCAACGCCAAGCUUGCCGCCCGUAGAGGGCGUCGUAAACAAGACAUGCACCGCCUCGCCGAGGAGGAGGCGGCUCAACGCAUCCUCAAGGAACAAGAGAAGGCUGUUGGGAAGAAGGAUGAUGGGGGCGGGUUCAGCAUAAUGGGCGUUGCAGAAGACACUCCCAUCAACAUGGCAGAGCUUUCAAUGGAAGAACAGGCUGUUGUCCGGGAGCACCAGAGGGUCCAGGAGGAGAUGAAGGAGCAUCAUGAACAGGACAAGGAAGACCUCCAGAAGAAGCUUAGUGAGGAAGCAAAGACCAAGGAGGCUGAGGAAGUCAAGAAGCUGGAGCGGGAGAAGUCCAAGGUCCUCUCGGAGACCAGGAACAAGCAUGCCGCCGAGCUGGCUGCCCGUCAAGACCUCUCCGAAGAGGAGAUGAAGCAGCUGCUAUUAACGCAUGCCCGCGAGCUUGAAGACAUCGAGGAUCGCAUGGAGAGCGAGAGGACACGGCAGCAGCUUGCCGUCAGGGACAGAUUGGCAGCGAGGAAGAAGAGGCUCCUGGAGGAUCAGAAGAGGAAGCAGGAGCUGGACCUUGCCAAGGAGGCCAUUGAGCAGAAGAAGGAGUUGAGGGAUGUCCAUGGGAAGGUCGUCAAGGAAGCGGAGCGAAAGGAGAUGGUGGAGGAGAUACAGAAAGCUGGUGGACAGAACACGGAUAAGGUCAUCAAGGAGGUCCUUGCCAAACGCCAAGCUCAGGAAGCUAGGGACCUGGAUGCCCAGUUCGCUGCUGAACGCCGCAUAGCCGUUGAGGGCGCUCUCGACAAGCUCCACGACAAAUACAAUGCCAAACGUGAUGCCAUGCUACAAAGACACGAGAAGGAACUCGCCGAUCUAGCCAAAGAAGACCUCACUCCAGACCAACGCCAGCAACGCAAGGCUGCUCUCCUCAACAAACAACAGAUUGAGCUGAAUAAGCUGGAGAGGGAGCUAGCGGAAGAGAAAAAGGGUAUUGAGAAGGGUGCCCUCAGUGAUUGGGAACUCCGAUACGCCAGAGCUAAGCUGGAGAUGAAGGAAAGGCACUACCAGGAGUAUGCCGAUGCUCUGAAGGAUUUGAGCUCGGAACAAGAUGCUGACCAUGUGGUGAACGCUGAACAAGCAGCAAAGGCAGCUCAAGAACUUGAAGAAGUCAGACAGAAGCUGGAGUCCGAGAGGAUGGCUAAUGAGGAGAGAAUCAAGAAAGAGAGAGAAGAAUUUGAGGAGAAUGAGAAGAAGAAGAUGGCUCGAGAAUUGGAGGAAUAUGAAGGCAAGCUAUCGGAUGAAGAGAAGAAAGAUAGAGAGAAGAAUGGAAAGAGAAUCAACGCUCUCAACAAAAGGAAGGAACAACUCAUCAAAGACAAGAAGAAGAAACAAGAAGAGAAAUUAGCGGCUCUGAAGGAGCAAGGAGCAAGUCAGGAAGAUCAAGACAAGAUUCUUGCUGAGUUUGAGAGAGAUCUACAGAAAGUGCAAAAUCAAAUGGAUGCGGACAGACUGAGAAUGCAGAGUGAAUUAGAGGAGAGGAUCAAAAAGCGGAAGGAGGAAAGACGAAAGGCCAAGGUAGAACAGGUACAGGGCCAAGUGGAAGAGAACAUAAAGGAGAAGGAAGAAGAACUGAAAUCAGAAGAAGAGAGGAUGAAGGCGGAAGAGGUCAUCUUGCUGCGCAACAGCGUGGAAUCAGACCAUCUCCUUUCGGACGCCCCUGCCCAACAAGACCAAGCCUUCCCAACGGACUACACCAUGGCUGCUGCCCUCAGUGAUGCCGACCUGGCCAACCUCCUCAUGGCAUCACCGCUCUACCGUAAGCUGGGUGAGAUCAAACGCACCAUGGAGGAUGGAACACUACCACAGCGCAAGCGUGGAGAAGAAAUCUUCACCGACAAAAAUGAUUCUGAAUGGACAAAUGACCAGGAGCUUGUACCGAUCGACCUCAACAAGCUCUCACCUCGCAGCUUCGUGGCUUACCGCUUUGGAUGCUUCGUGGUGCGUCUCGUAGCUGUCCACUGCGGCCACAAGCCUGUGGCACUGCUCAUCGCAGAGAAGAUCCCAGUCAACGAGAAACUUGUGAGGAACGCUUACCGGAACUCGUUCCACUAUGAUGAUCUGAAUCAUAUCUUGUAUGUGAGGAAGGAGAGACUUGGUAGCGUUGGGGAGUUCAUGUUGGUUAUCAUCCACGCUCUCGCCCAUAUUAAAGCAGGUGACAUGCGAGAUGACACCAACGUUGACUUCUUGCGCGAGUUCCAUCUCGCGCUCUCCGUCGUCUGCAACGAUCUCUUCUUUGCCCGCUACCGAAGCAAGAACUCGCCGCGGGACACCACCUCCGACCGGGACGGGGAGGGCAUCAGUACCCUGGAAGAGCCUCCCCUUGACCCCGCCCAAUCCCAGGCCCUAAUCGAUGCCAUGUUUCGAGGAGAACAGCUGGAGACGGAGAAGGAGGACUCGGUGGAGCGGCUCCUUGAUGUCAAGCUCCUGCACGGUAGUGAUGAGGAUGGAGUUCACUUCAACAAGGAUCUUCUUUCAGACAGGAUGAGCACCUUCAGCAAUUUCAGUCUGAACGAUAAGAUGAGGAACUUCCUCGGAGCUGUGGAAGACAAGAUGGUGUUGUCACGGCAACACGGAAGCAGUGAUGACGUCGACAGACGUCUCGCCAAACUGACCGGAACGGCAGCAACGUCCAAGUCACAUCCUGCUAUGAAGGGUAUGAAAGGAACAGUUGACCAGCUUCCUGAUGAGCUGAGCGGUACAGCCCUCUGGCAGAGCGUGGCCCAGGGGGCCUCUGCCAAGGAAUCAGCCGGAGGUCGCAUCAAACUCGCUGCAAGCAAAGCCCAGGAUAAGAACCUGCAGAAACAGUUCUUGAUGGAUGAGGUCAACUCCCUGACAGACAAGCUUGACAAACUCAACGCAACGUUUGCCGAGCUCAGCACAGAGUACGUCAAGACCCAAGACUCCAUCAGCACUAUCUGUGAAGAACUGCAUUCUCAGAAGACGCUUGCUGAAGAGGAGAAGGAAAAACCAGUAGAAAAGGAGAAGCUGAUGAAAAGCACAACAAAACUUCUGAGCGACGCCCAGAACAAUCUGACCGACAUCAAACUCAAACGAGAUGCUCUCUCUAAGAAGAUCGACUCAUACAGCAAGCUGCUCGAGGAGAGGCAGCAACAAUUACAAACUCAACUCAGACGAAAAGAGGUCAAGAAAAAGUAAAAACUCCCCUAUUUCAAAUAAUGGAAUAGCCAAAUUGCCAUAGAGUCAUAUAUUAUAUAGGCCAUUCUAUUCACUCUACAAGGGGUGAUUUACAUAUACAGCAAGCGACUUGAAGAGAGGCAGCAGUAAUUACAGACUCAAUGCAGAACAAUAAAAGAUUAAGUAGAAAUCUGUUUGAUAUCUGACUCUUGUGCAUUUCUGUUUCGAGGGAGUUCAUGGCAUUGGCUAAAAAUUGUAUAUUUAAUUUAUUAAAUAUAUACUUUUGAGAAUAUACUUUGUUGUAGAAAUUAUCAUAUUAGUUGAUUUUUAUACUGAAUUGUAAAUAUUGCUGUGUGCUUUUCACCUUUAUUUUCUUGCAAUACUCAGAAUAAAAUUGAUAUUAAUGAUUAUUGUUGAUUAUGAACCAUGAAUGGUUAACAAAUUUUGAUGAUUCUUAAAUGCAGAAUAAAAUUUAUAUUAAUGGUUAUUGUUGAUUAUGAACCAUGAAUGGUUAAAAAAUUUUGAUGAUUCUUAAAUACAGAAGGUGGAAGGAUUGUACUUCUUCAUCAAAUUAUUUUUCCUGUUUUACAUCAUAAUACUAAAUGAAUUUGUAGGAUAAUAUUUCUGAAAUAAAUGAUAACUGUCUUUAUAGUAUUGUCGCAUUGUUCAAUUAAAACAUAGUCAUUAAUUGUAUCAAAUAUACUGUGCCUUUUGAUAUUUUACCUAAUCAAUAUGCAAAGAUAUUUAUUGAAACUAUGUACAAAGUAUUUUGAAAUUUGUUCCGUCCUACAUUCUACACCGAUAUCAGUUUUUCGUAUUCCGUAUACGUUAUUUUGACCGUCCAUUAACCCGAGUGUAUUUGUUUUCAUUGUACAUAUACAGCAGUAAGGUAAUGUGUGAUUUUUCACUUAGCAUAGAAAGAAUAUUUCAGUGGUAAUUAUGAAAUUCUGUUCAUAAAUGUUUAAUGGAAGGAAUAAAAGCAACGUCUACGUUGAUGAAGGUAUAAAAUUGCCCGGUAUCAAUCUAUUUCAAUCACUAUCCAAUGAGGAUAAAUUAUACUAGAUCUGCCAUUUAUCUGCAUCAAACAACACACAUAAAUCCCAUAAACAUGAUAAAGCUGAGAUUUAGGAGAGUUGAGAGUUAUUGUAUUUCCAAUUUUUAACUUGAAUUUGUAAUGUAUAGUCUAGUAAUAUGUAAAGUGUAAUGUUCACGAUGAUUUAUAACAAAAUUAGACUCUCCUCAUCAAUCACAGAAAAAAAAACUUCAAAAUGUUUAUUACAAUAAUAGAAAUAACGAUAACAACAAUACUGUGGCUUGUUACAUUCCAAUGUGCAGAACAAAACUAUAUAUCUUUUCGCUAAAUUCCAUCCAUUUUAAAUAUUAAAAACACCUUGAAAAUUGUAUUUAAUAGCCUUCAUUUGAACAUUAUUUCAAUUUAACCUUGAUUUAACAAUAUUUUAUAUAAUACAUGUAGAUCAAGUGAUGUAACUGUACAUAUACAUGUAAUUAAAUCAUGUGUUGGGUUAUAAUUCUGACGUUGUGAUGGUACAUUUCGAUCAAAUCUAUUAGAUUUUUUUUUACUUUACCUUAUAAAUGUGUCAUUCAAAAUGAGUCUUUCAAUGAACAAUCAGUGUAUUUCGAGUAGUUAUUUUUAUGUCUUAAAAAAUGAAAUAUAUUUGUAUAUUAGAAGUGAUUGUAGAACAUAUCUUAAAUGCUAUACAUGUAUUUCUUGAUUAGUAAACAAACCAUGUGAACGAUUCACUAUUUAUAUUCUAAUUCAAUUGUGUGUAAAUCACUUACUAUGUGAUUCUAUUCAUUGUAAAUUUGAUUGUGUUCAGAGUGUAUUUUGUACAAACUAUUUUCGAGAAAUAAAGUCUAGAUUCAGUUGCAUUUAA